CCAGGGAGGAAGAAAAUGGGUCCCCAAUCGCCCCUCCCCGCGGGAGACCUACCCAGCGCCCCGGCGCCGAGCCCAGCGCGCACAAGGCGCAAACCCCGAGCCUCCGGGAGGGCCGGGGAGGGCGAAACGCCGCGCAGCCGGGCCCCCGCUCCCCGCCACAGUCCGUCCCUGCCAGCCCGCCCGCGCGGCCGCUCCUCCUCCCCAAUCCGAUCCGGAUCAGGGUUAACAACAAAAAUGGCGGCCCGGCCAGCUCUAGAUAAGAAGGAACAGCCCCCCCGCCGCCGCCGCCGCCGCCGCCGCCGCCCCCCGCCGCCGCCGCCCGGCCCGAAACGAAAAGACAAUUUACCCAUCACUGAGUCUCUGCUGUUUCCUCGCAUACAUUACCAUCAAUGCCCGGCCUGUGAGUGUGUGUCGGGGAGGGGGGAGAGCGGCCGCGAGAGGCGGGCGGGCGGGCGAGCAGGCGGCGGCGGGCGGCGGGCAGCCCCGGCACCUGGGCCCGGCGCGCCCUCGGCGACUCUCAGCACCUCCCAGUUACUGGCGCCGGCGCUCCCGGGCCAUCUCCCUCCGUCGACACCACGCUCACUCUCAGCCGGGGAAGCGGCGCCAACUACACGGCGGCAGCGCGAACCGGGGGGAGGGGGGCAAGAAGAUGCGUCCGGCUCAGCCCCGCGGAGAGCGACUGCCUCCUCCGCCUUCUCCUCCUCCUGCUCCGCCGCCUCCUCCCCUCCUCCCCCCGCCGCCGCCGCCGCUGCUGCCGCCGCCUGGUCCUUCUCCUCCUCCUCCUCCACCUCCUCCCGCCGCCGCUGGUGCCGCCGCCGCCGCUCCACCAACUACAUCCGGGCAACUCGGACGCUGCCGCCUUCGGGAAACCUCGGCAGUUUCCGACGUGCCCCUCCUCUCCCACCCUCGGCCUUCCUCUCCUCCCCGCCCCGCGCGGGUCCGGAACGCCGCCCUCGGCAAACCUCGGUUGGCCCCGGCCUCUUUCCUCCUCUGAGGCCUGGCUCUCCUCCUCGCGACCUGUCAGCCCUUUACUUCUUUUCCUCACUCGCGAGUCCGGCCACCGCCGUUUCCGUUUAGGGAUAGUCUCGCUCGGGCACCCGCUCGAGGCUGGUCCCAGGGGCUCCGGGCUGCGCGGGGAGGGAGCCGCCUUCCGGAAGAGGACGGUGGGGCGCGAGGGAAGCCAUCGCGGACUUAAUAAGGGAGGCUGCGGCGGCUGCGCGUGCGCUCAGAGGCGCCGCGGGAGGGGGUACCCUCGGGCGAGCUCUCCGGCCGCGGCCCCCGCCCCUAUGGGCUCGGGCGGGGAGGUCGGAAACCCCCUGGCGAGACCAGGGGCGGACGCUUCCGAUGAGCUGCCUGGUAGGCAGUCGCGAAAGCUACCCUCUGGGUAGCUGGGAGCGUACUCCAGCGCCUUCGGGCCGCUGCUGGAAGCCGGAACCGAGCCCGGGCCGCUGCCCCUCACCGGUCGCCGCGGGCGCCACGGGCCCUCCGUGGCGCAGGGGCUGCAGCAAGCUCGCCGGGCGUCCUUUAGACGUAAGUCUCACCCUGCGCCCCGGAGGGGGAAGGAGCACAUGCUGGCCCGGGGAGAAACGGCCGAGAGGAGGAGCUGAGGGGUGCUGUGCCCGAGGCGGAAGGCGGUGCACCACGGCGGCCCUCAGCGGAGAUGCCUGCACGGAGCGGGGUCUCGCUCUGUCGUCCAGGCUGAGUGCAGUGGCGCGAUCACGGCUCACUGCGCCUCGACCUCAACGGAUCCUUCCACCUCAUCCUCCUGAGUAGCUGGGACCACAGGCAUGUACCACCACGCCCGGCUAAUUUUUUAAAGUUUUCCUGGAGAUAGGUUCUCACUAUGUUAUUCAGGCUGGUCUUGAACCCCUGGCCUGAAGCGAUCCUCCCGCCUCGGCCUCCCAAAGUGCUGGGAUUACAGGCGUGAGCCACGGCGCCCGGCUUCUCACCCCUUUUUAACGUUUUGCAUACCCAGCUGUGCCCCGCCCACCCUCUAUUUAUCUCUCACUUUUUCCCCCUUCUGAUUCUUCGCUGAAGUCCGCGAAAGGAAAUACAUGUUGAGGUUCUGGAUGUGAAUAAAGGCUUGCGGUGUGUUAGGUGAAAUUGCUACAAAUGAGAUUUUAUGUACUGUUGCAGCCACAUUGGGAGGAGAAACGUCAAGUAUACCAACAACCAUUAGUUGAGAGUGGUGGUAUCCGGUGAUUGGUUGAUUUUUUUUUUUUCUUAAACUGGAAGGAACAGUAGUUAAAAGAAUUGUAGUCAGAGUAAAUAUGUGAUUAAUACAGAAGAGGCAAAAUGGUAAACAAGUUAGAAGAAAAAAGACACCCACCCCCAAAAAACAACGAAAAGUAACUGAUUUAUUUGGUAUCCAAGAAGUUACAUUAUUGCUAGACCUAAUAGAUGAAGAGAGGGAAUGAUGUUGGGAGAAAGGCCUUGAAAUCACAAAUGGGUAGAAAAAAAGUUUUAAUUACGUAAGCUUAUUUGUCACAUCACCUGUCAAACAUAAAACUUAUUGCUGUUUGUGGGGAUGGGAAGACCAAUAAAAAGCCUAUUUAAUGCUCACUUAAACUAUCAGUAACUUUAAAAAAAAAUUCCCAGUGGCUGAAAUUAUCGAAAAAAAAAUCGGUGCAUCUUACGUGCAAUUUCUGACACGUUUGUAGUGAAUCCAUUGAAGACAAAUAUCAGGAGUACAACAAAUAACAAACGUUACAUGGAAACUUGUUUGAAAACUGGCAGCAAAAUUACUACUAAUUUGUUUGAUGACUGGGUGUCUGCUGAAAUUGAUAUAAAACCGUUUGCUCAAAAGUAGCGAGGCAUGGUGUUGCAUGCCUGUAGUCCUAGCUACUCCAGAGGCUAAGGCUGAACAAUUUCUUCAGUCCAGGAGUUCGAGACUCAGUGAGUUGUGAUCACACCUCUAUACUCCAACUUGGGUUACAGAGGGAGACCCUGUCCCAAAAAAUAAAUAAACCACGUUACCAAAAGUAGCAAACUGGAGGAAACAGUUCCAGGCAAUGUACAGUUGAUCCUCAUUCGAGGAUUCCAUAUUUGCAAACUGGAAUCUACUGUCUUAAAAUUUUGGGGGAGCCUAAAACAUACUCUCAGUAUCUGCAGAUACGCAGAGUUGGAGAAAGUUUAACUUGCCUGACACCCACUUUCCCAGCUGAGGUUGAAUGAGGCAACAUUCUGCCUUAUUAUUUUAGCUUUUAUACUGUAAACAACUGUCUUCUUUACAAUGCAUUAGUGCCUUUUUUUUUUUUUUUUUUUUUUUUUUUGAGACAGAGUGUCACCCAGACUGGAAGGCAGUGGCAUGAUCAUGGCUCACUGCAACCUCCUCCUCCUGGGUUUAAGCGAUUCUCCUGCUUCAGCCUCCCAAGCAGCUGGGAUUGUAGGCGUGUACCACCAUGCCCAGCUAAUUUUUGUAUUUUUAGUUAGAGAUAGGGUUUCACCAUGUUGGCCAGGGUGGUCUGGAACUCUUGACCUCAAGUGAUCUGCCUGUCUCAGCCUCCCAAAGUGCUGGGAUUACAGGCGUGUGAGCCACCACACCCGGCCUGUUUGUGCAUUUUUAUUGGUGGUUUUGCUAUGUUAAAUUCCUCCUGCAGGAACUGCUGUCUAAUAUUCCUAAGCAAAAAAUGGCUGUGCUACCUUACAGAGAAAACACACGUGCUAUGUAAGUUUCAUUCCGGUUUCUCCUUAGUGCUUUUGGCCUUGAGUUAGAUGUUAAUAAAUCAACAAUAUAUAUUAAAUAAGGUAUCUUUAAACAGAAACGCACAUAAAACAAUGUUAUAUAUUGAUUGAUUGACAAAAAUAUCUGGCCAGAGGCUUGCAGGAAUUGUCUUUACCCUAGGAACAGUUCCCUGUUCACGGAUACUUUAUUGAACGUAACUACCACAAAUAUCGAGAGUUGUCAGAAUCAUCUGUGCUUAUUAAGGGACGUGCCUAAAUGUUACACCCAUUCAUUAUCUAGCUUAGAUAAAACCUUCUCUGUAUAUAUGCCUCAUCUCCUCCUUACCUGCUUAAACAACAUCCCUGGUUAAUGCACUGUAUGCCUGCUGCAGAGCAAUUGAACUUGGCUGAAGAAAGAUACAAUCCUGCUAAUUCUGAAGUGAGCACCACAGUCCCCCACCCCCUGGGGCUGUAUUUCCCUAAUCCAUUUAACCUGCCCUCUUAAACAACUGUUUUACAUUUUCUAAAUACCUCCUCAUUUGUAGGUCCUUAACUUGCUUGCUACCUCUCUAAGAAAAUAGAAAUCAGAAAGUAGUAACUACUCCCACCAUUGCACCUACCAGCCUAUCUACAUCUGAAUACAGCACAACACUCCAGUGACUGGAUAAACUGUCGAGGUUCCUAAAACCAAACUUGCCAUUUUUGCAUUUAGUUGCAUUUUACUCUUAGAAUUGUCAGCUUUCCUUAUGAUUUUUCCCCCAUGGCUGGAUCACUUCCAUCAACUUUUAAACGUGCUAUAUAAGCCACCUUCUUAAAACAAACUAUAUUGACCUGAAUCUCCCCUCAAAUGCUACUCCAUUGCUCUCUGAUCUGCUGUCCUUUACAAAAAUACUUUAUCUCCACUUCUACUCUCUAUUGAACCCACAGUCAGACUUUAUUCCCACACUCCUGAACCUGCUCAAGAUGAUCUGUAGCUUCCAGGUUUUCAAGCCUGAUUUUUGUUUCUCGAUCUUCCUUUCAUUUGUCAGCAGCAUUUGACAAAGCUGAUGACUUUCCUAAAGUUUUGUAAGGUCUUUUAGGCUGACAGCGCCGUGGACGUCAUGUUAACCUUUGUGACCUGCACGGACACUCCAAAUGAGUUCCUGGAAAAUCUGAAAUAACUGGAAGGCCUACUUAAUUUUGAGACAUACUCUAUUGUCCCUUAUUCCUGCCCCAAUUGAUAAGGCCAUUGGAUUCUGUAACCGACCUUGGUCAAUCUCUUGACUUCACAACCUACGACCCCCUCCCAGCUAGCGAAAAACCUCCCUAAACUGUAACUUCAGUAACUUUUUACUGCCCACCGCACACCUUUAAAACCAACUCCUAUAUCACCAUCCUUCGCUGCUGUUUUCGGACUCAGCUUACCUGCACCUGGGUGAAUAAACAGCCACGUUGCUCACACAAAGCCUGUUGGGGGUGGGGGACGGGGGGGGGCGGCUCUUCAUUCAGAGCAAGCAUUUUAACAAGUUCCUUUUCUUACCUACCAGGAUUUCAUUUUCUUUCUUGCUUCUCAUCCUUUCUAAAUGGUUGUCCCUUAGACUCCUUGCUGAUUUCUCCUUCUUUUCCAACCUCUAAAUGCUGGAAUGCCCUAAGAUUGAAAUCUCACAACCUGCACUCCUCUGUUCUCUCUCCCUAGGCAAUCUCAUUCAGAUCUCUAGCUGGAUGAAACCUACAUGUGAAGCUCUAGCCCACACCUUUCCUCUGAACACAAGACUCACACUUAACUAACUGCCUACUUGAUAGCCCUGCCUGAAUUUCUGUCAGGCAUCACAAACUUACUGAAUUCAAAACUAAACUCUUAAUCUCUGCCCCUCUCCCCAAACAAGUCCUGCUGAGAUCUUCUCAAUCUCAUGAAAUGACAACUCCAUUCUUCCAGUGUAGGCUCAAAACUCUACAUGAUGGCACUCUACCACCAUGUUGCUGCCUUAACCCUGAUCUAUUUUUCUUAAACCAUUUGAUAUAUUUUUUUUAUUGAUUGUUUCCCACUAGAAUGAAAGCUUCAUGUGAUAUGUCAUAAAUGUUUGUUGAAUGAAAAGAUAUUUUCCUACAGAAAUAAAUACAAUGAAAAUAGCAAUAUUGAAUUCUCAAGAGGAAAAGGCAUAGAGGUUCCAUUUCUGUUUGCUUUCUGAAAGAAUAAAGAAUUAUAAAUACAGUACUGUUCUCACAAACAAGAUGGAGGAAAAAGCUAGCUUAUUCCUAAUACAGGCAAAAUAUUCUAGUAGAUAAUAUUCAAAAUUUUACAUAAAUUUGCAUGUAUAGCAAAUCUUAAACUAGAUUAUUUGCAUUGCCAUCUAAUGAGAAAUAUCAAGUUUGUAAAUGAGUAAAAGACCCAUAUUUCAACCAGACUGAACACGUACCAACCAAUAGAGGGGGAAAACUAUCAACUCAUAGGCUAUAUAUAGGUGACCAAGAUUUUAAUGUGAUUCUAUUGAAGGAUUUUUCAAGAAAAUGAAAUUCUCAAGCCUCUAGUUGUGAAAGGGACUUUAAAAUCUUUGCUGCAAUUUCUAAAGCAUCAUAAAAUAAGGAUGUAUUCCCUAAAAUGUUCAUGUACUUCAUUUCUAUCUCUUUUUUCUCUGUCCUUGCCUUCCUCACAAACUCGGGGUAAUAUAGUUAUUAAAAGCAUGGGUUUUAGAAACAGUAUGACAUUAUGUAGAGCUUAGGCUGCAAUAUUAACUGACUAGCAAUGUGACUUUCAGCAAAUUACUAGUCUUGAGGAUUAUGCUCCUCUGCCUCUAAACUUGGCCUGAUAGGGUAUAGUACUGUUUGUAAAAGUAAUCUAAAUUAUGUAAAUAAUUUAGCAGUACCUGGCACAUACAUGCUUCACUACUGGUGGUCAUUCAUUUUUAAAAAUAUAUUAUUGGGCCGGGCGCGGUGGCUCACGCCUGUAAUCCCAGCACUUUGGGAGACCGAGGCGGGUGGAUCACGAGGUCAAGAGAUCGAGACCAUCCUGGUCAACAUGGUGAAACCCCGUCUCUACUAAAAAUACAAAAAACUAGCUGGGCAUGGUGGCGCGUGCCUGUAAUCCCAGCUAUUCAGGAGGCUGAGGCAGGAGAAUUGCCUGAACCCAGGAGGCAGAGGUUGCGGUGAGCUGAGAUCGCGCCAUUGCACUCCAGCCUGGGUAACGAGCGAAACUCCAUCUCAAAAAAGUAUAUAUUGUUGAAUUUCUGUGUAUCGGGUCUUAGGAAUGUAGCAUUAAGCAAAGUCACUUGGAUUCUGCUCUUACGGAGUUUAUAUUUUAAUGAAGUAUAAUACAUAACUAAAAGGAGAUACUUUGGGGUCUCAAAUGUGUCAUAUGAAGCUUUCAUUCAAUUAUGAGGAAAAAUAACUACAACAAAAAUUACUAUCUACUAAAAGGGAUUAAAAACUUCCAGGAUAUCACCCUAUCAACAUAUGGUAUAACCUUCUUUCUAUGCAGGGAUGAUGUAAACAGUGCAAUCAGCAGAUCCUGGGAGAAUUACUUACUGACUCAAAAUUGGCUAUUUUUGGAAGUUCUUUCGGGUAAUAGAUACUAAAGUUCAGCUAAUAUUGAGAAGCAUACCCUAAACCCUUCACCUGUGUCUGGCAAAAUUUCAUCCUGAAUUAACCCAGUCAUUCAUUUUCUCAGUACCUCUGAGCAUUUUCACACUGCUGAAGAUUAUAAAAUAAUAGAAUAGACUGAUUCCACUUGAGCCUCAUCAUCACCAAAAUCAAAUGACAUAGUAAUUUAGAAAGUAAUAAGUGCUACAGAGAAAGGGGGUAAGAUAAAGCACUGGAUGGAGGAAUAAUGUUUUCAAGUAGAGCAGUUAUUGAGCAGGUGGCAUUUGAGCUAAGAUUUGAAGGUGAUGAGGUAACAAGCUAUACAGGUGUCUGGAAAGGAGUGUUUCUGGCAAAGGGAACAGCGAGAGCAAAGGUCCUGAGGCAAGACUGUGCCUAAUGUGUUCAAAAUAAUAAGGAAAGCUCUGUGGUUGAAGGGUAGUGACUGAGAGUGAAAAUAUUAGGAAAUGAGAUGGGCUUAAAGGAGCGGGUAGAGGAACAGACUGUGAAGGAUCUUAUAGGCCAUUACAAGAAGGUUGCCUUUUAUUCUGAGUUAAUUCGAAGCCAUUGAAGAGUUAUAAGCAAAAAACGACGUGGCCACUGUGUUGAGAAUAGUCUAUAUGGCAAGGGAAGCAGCAGGGAAACUAGUUAGGAUGCUAUUGUAUUGCCUAAAUGCCUAAGGUUACUGUUUCAAAGCAGAAAUUAAGCUGCUUAUCUAAGGUCAUUUUCUUUACCUGUCCUUUCUUUCCACGCCCCCCAUUCAGUUCGCCUUAUAUUAUCAAUUAUCCCUGCUUUUGUAUAUUCACACUCUCUUUCAUCUGGAUUAUUUACACUGGUCUUUAAACAUAUCCAAAUCCUGCCACUAAAAUACCCUUUCUUGACCCUAUACUCUUAACUGCUCACUUCAGCCAAACAUCCAGUAAGUCUUAUUUGUAGUACCUUACCUUUUCAUUCUUUACUCUCCUAUUUACAUUUUAGGUCACUGUAGUCUGAAAUCUGCUCCCAUAAUAUUACCAAAAUAGAUUUCCCCAAGGCAAUGGUUCUUCAAGAAGCAGUGGUGAGUCUCCAGGGAGCAUUUGGAAAUGUGUGGUAGUAUUUUUUUUAAUUAUCACUCGUAUAUUUUCAGUAUAACUUAAGGGUGAAGGGUACUGAUAUUUAUUUACCAGAGGCCGAGAUGCUAAACAUGUAGCAAUGCGCAGAAUAGUACUUUAUAUUUAAGACUCGUCCUGCUCAAAAUAUCAAUGUUGUCUCAUUUAGAAAUAGUGUUAAGGUCACAAACAACUUCUUUGUACCUGUGUUUAAUGAACAUUUUACUUGAUCUCAGAAUAUUUGUUCCAUCUUCCUACUUGAUCUCAAUAUUUGACAUCGAAAGCUACUCUCUUUGCAUUGGCCUUCUCUCUCUCUCGGCCUCUGAGGCACAACACAUUUUGUAUUUUCUCCUUCCUUCUCUGACUGUUCCUCUCAUUCCUUUUCACAGACUCAUUCUCAUCUACUCCACUACCAAAUAUUGAAGUUCUUCAAGAAUCAGUCCUUUGGAGGUGAUGUUAUUGAAAAUGAUGAGUAGGAAACUCCAAGAGCCCAUUUCUCCACAAAGCCAGUGAAUUAAAAUUGGUAAAAAUGGUCAGAAUCAGGUUUUUUUUGUUUUGUUUUGUUUUGUUUUGAGAUGGAGUCUCACUCUGUUGCCCUGGCUGGAGUUCAGCGGCAGAUCUCAGCUCACCACAGCCUCUGCCUCCCAGGUUCAAGAGAUUCUCCUGCCUCAGACUUCAGAGUAGCUGGGACUACAGGCAUGUACCACCAUGCCUGGCUAAUAUUUGUAUUUUUAGUAGAGGCAGGGUUUCACUAUGUUGGCCAGGCUGAUCUCGAACUCCUGACCUUGUUACCCAUCCACCUCAGCCUCCCAAAGUUCUGGGAUUACAGGCGUGAGCCACCACACCUGGCCUCGAAUCAAUUUUAUAUGAAUUCUGGAAUCUAGUCAAAGAUUCAUAGUGACCAAGGAAACAUUUUUUUAAAAAGAUGGCUGAGGCCGGGUGUGGUGGCUCAUGCCUAUAAUCCCAGCACUUUGGGAGGCCAAGGCAGGCAGAUACCAUUUGAAGUCAGGAAUUUGAAGCCAUCAAAAAAAAUACAAAAAAUUUACCUGGGUGUGGUUGCGGGCACCUGUAAUCCCAGCUACUUUGGAGGCUGAGGCAAGAGAACCUGGUAGGUGGAGAUUGUGCCACUGCACUCCAGCCUGGGUGACUUAGCAAGACUCAAAAAAAUAAAAUAAAAUAAAUAAAAAGAUGGCUGAAUCCCAAGUAGAGCUUCAUAUCACUUCAGCUUACCCUGGUGCCACCUUCCUGUCCAGCUUUGAAAACAAAGACCUACAUUUCUGAUAUCUGUUCCUGGUGCCAAAGGGAGCAGAAUGGAUCUUGUGUUUUUUUGUUUGUUUGUUUUGAGAUGGAGUUUUGCUCUUGUUGCCCAGGCUGGAAUGCAGUGGCAUGAUCUUGGCUCACUCUGUAACCUCCUCCUCCUGGGUUCAAGCGAUUUUCCUGCCUCAGCCUCCUGAGUACCUGGGAUUAUAGGCACUUGCCACCACGUCCAGCCAAUUUUUGUAUUUUUAGUAGAGAUAGGGUUUUGCCAUGUUGGCCAGGUAAACUCCUGACAUCUGGUGAUCCACCUGCCUCAGCCACCCAAAGUGCUGGAUUACAGGUGUGAGCUACUGCACCUGGCCAUGGACCUUGUUUUCAAAGAAUUAUGGUGGUUUGUUCUAGUUCACCUAACUUGGAAAUCUCCUUAGGCAGAAAGGUGACUACAGGCAUUUGUCAAAAAUAUGUAAAGGCAAGUUUAUUAUCCUCUGCCAUCUGGGGCAAAAAAUAACAGCUAAGGUAAACAAUAGACACACCGGAAAGCCUGGGAGGAAAAGCUGGAAAGUAAGAUACUUUGGAGAAUAAAGGCCUUUAAAACUCCCACAUAUUCCCAGGAAUCAAAAAGGCCACAUGCACACCAGGGUGAGGCAAAUGCUCGUAAAAGACUUGAGAAGGCCCUAAACUCUCACCUGGCUAACCAUCAGGCUCUGCUUAUAUAGGAAGUGAAAACUAAGGUGAAUUUGUAAGUUGCUUAGCUGAAUGUUGCAGGUGUGCCCCAACACCUACACAGCACCUGCUGGUAAAGACUGAGAGUGUUUUCUUUUCGUUUUGGUUCAGGCAUUUAGGGAAAUCUGUUUCUCUGUUGAAUCACAACUAGCUGCGAAUUAAGCCAACAGAACAGAGGCUCAACUGGUCCCACACAGUGAGGAAUACAGACUUUAUAAAGUUCAGAAAAGUUGCCAAACAGUAGUAACCACAGCAAGUACCAACAACAAACUAUGGGGAGGGAGGAGAAUCUGAUUUCCAGAGUUACCACUGUAUAAUAUUCAAAAUGUCACAUUUUUAGCAAAGAUUACAAGGCAAGCAAAAAACAAAAAAGUAUGGCCCAUACACAGGAAAAAAGUAAUUAAUAGAAACUACCCCUGAAGAAGCACAGACAUUGGAUGUACAAAACAAAGACUUUUCAUCAACAAUUUUAGAUAUGCUAGAAGAGCUAAAGGAAACCAUGUACAGAGAACAAAAAGAAAUUAGGAGAGCAAUGCCUCAUCAAAUACAGAAUAUCAAUAGAGAUUGAAAUUAUAGAAAGGAAUCAAAUAGAAAUUCUGGAGCUGAAAAGUGUUAUAGUUAAAACUACAAGUUCACUAGAGGUAUUCAGCAACAGAUUGGAGAAGUCAGAAGAAAGAAUCAACAGGCUUCAAGAUACAUCAAUUAAGAUUAUGCAGUCUUAGGAGCAGAAAG